GCGUGAUGCAGUCCGACCAUGCGGGCAUUGGCAUUGCAGGCCAAGGGCGGACACGGUUCAUCAUGGUCUCUUUUUUUUUCUGGGCGCAGCAAUCUACCAGCGCACAACCACCCGGGGGAAAAAGCUUCUUGCUGUCACGAUGAUCCCGGCCAAGAUCCCCCAAGCUCCAGAUGUCCCCGGCUCUGCCCCUUGGCAGGCCUGGUUCCUGCACGCGGGGCGCAUCCUGGUAGUCAGGCGCAGCGGUCAGACUGGCACUUGAGUUCCCCUCUGGGUCUUGGUUGUGUACCCGCCAGCUGCCAGCCCCUCCUCUCUCUCCCAUCUCCAACGACCGGGGUCGGGAACCGGAGCACAUACACUACAUGCGCAGCGCACAUAUACGCAGCGGGCUAAGCGGUACACGACAUCCCUGGCCUGCAGGUGGGAUAUGCCAACGUGCAUCAUCCCUAAGGUAAUGUAAACACACUUGUUCGGUACCCAGGGGAAGGAGAGAGCUCCAUCACGGCCUGCGUGCCCGCCACCAUGGCUCGGCACGAAAUAUAGUUCCCAUAUAAUAAGCCGUAAACCACCCGGCCGACCCGCCCCCUUCCUCGAGCUUGUUUCUAGAGCAGACCGGCCUCAGGCUCUCCUCCUCCAGUCCCUCCGUCUGCUGCGAGUGCCUUGUCGCGUUGCUGCCCCUCCCCCCCCCUUCCCACACUCUCUAAAUACCACGAGCGGUUGUUGAGAGUGUAGAUAUAUAUCCCGUUGCGAAGGCAGCCAGCCCUUGCUCCAAGUAUCCCCCCCCCCCAAGGCCUGACGUGAAGAUGCGAUCCCGAGCCCUCCACCUCCUCUGGCCCCUGGCCGCGGCCGCACAGAGCCCGCCGUUCGGCAAUGGCAGCUGCACGGGCUCGCCGUCGACGCCGGUGCCGUACCAGCUGCAGACGCCGCCCCUCGACACGCCCUGGACGGACCAGGUCGGGCUGAACCCGUGGCCGGAGCACCCGCGGCCGCAGCUCAGGCGCGACGACUGGGUGACGCUCAACGGCAUCUGGACGUACCAGGGCGCGGGCAACGCCACGGGGCCCGGCGACGGGGCGCCGCCCUGCGCGCCGCUGCAGUACGAGACGCUGAUCCCCAGCUGCAUCGAGAGCGCCAUCUCGGGCCUGCAGGUGCUCGACACGGCGGCCAUGUGGUUCGCGACCACGUUCGACGUGCCCCGGGGGUGGGACAGCGGCCGCAGCGUGCUGCUCAACUUCGAGGCCGUCGACUACGAGGCCACCGUCUACGUCAACGGCCAGCAGGUCAGCUUCCACCGCGGGGGUUACUUCAGGAACACCAUCGACGUGACGUCGUACCUGAACCCGAACGGGACCAAUGAGCUCAAGGUCUUUGUCUUCGACCCGACGGACCUGGACGGCUACGUGAUCCCGAUCGGCAAGCAGACCAAGCGGCCCGAGCACAUCUUCUACCGGCCCUGCAGCGGCAUCUGGCAGACGGUGUGGCUGGAGAGCGCGCCGACGACGCGCAUCACGCAGCUGGACGUCAAGGCGGGCGCGGACGGGACCGCCAGGGUCAAGGUGCACGCGUCGGGCAACGCGACGGGCCAGCCGGUCGAGGUGACGGUGCUGGACCAGGACGGCAGCGUGCUGGGGUCGGGCGCGGGUUCCAGCGGCGCCGAGUUUGAGUUCACCGUCGACGGCGUCGACCCCUGGAGCCCGGACUCGCCCACGCUGUACAACCUGACCGUCACGCUGGGCGACGACCGCGUCCAGAGCUACACGGGGUUCCGCACCGUCGGCCGGGGGGUCGUCGACGGCGUCCAGCGGCCGCUGCUCAACGGCGAGUGGGUGUUCCAGUGGGCCACGCUCGACCAGGGCUUCUGGCCCGACGGCAUCCACCUGGCGCCCAACUACGAGGCGCUCAUCUUUGACCUGCAGGAGCUCAAGAAGCUCGGCUUCAAUGCGGUCCGCAAGCAUAUCAAGAUCGAGCCGGACCUGUUCUACUACGCCACAGACUCCCUCGGCCUCAUGGUCAUCCAGGACAUGCCGGGCAUCUCGCCCCGCGUGCCACUGCCCAACGGCGAGCAGCAGGCCGAGUUUGAGCGCCAGCUCGACAUCAUGAUCAACGAGCACAUGAGCUACACCUCGAUCGUGACCUGGGUCAUCUACAACGAGGGCUGGGGCCAGAUCAGGACGCCGCCCUACCCCGAGUACGCCAUCGCCGACCGCAUCCGGGCCACCGACGGCAGCAGGCUCAUCGACGCCACCUCAGGCUGGUACGACCACGGCGCGGGCGACUUCUCCGACAACCACCACUACGCCAACCCGCAGUGCGGGUCACCCUUCUACUCGAUCCAGUCGUCGCCCUACGACAGCGAGCGCAUCGGCAUCCAGGGCGAGUUUGGCGGGAUCGGCCAUAACGUGUCCAUCGAGAACCUCUGGAACGUCCAGCAGGCCAUCGACACCAUCAACCAGACGUACGAGGUCAACAUCGACCUCGAGGCGUACAACUACCGCGCGCACGUCAUCUUCGAGGAGUACCGGCAGCAGAUCGAGAUGUUUGCCUGCAGCGCGGGCGUCUGGACGCAGACCACCGACGUCGAGGGCGAGGUCAACGGCCUCGUCACCUACGACCGCCGCGUCGAGCGCGUCGACGUCGCGCAGUGGCAGGCCGACAUCCAGGCGCUGUUCGACGCCGCCGCCAGCCGCGGGGGCGCGGGCAACGCGACCGCGUCGAUGGGCAAGAUGCGGCUGCAGGUGUAGGCCUCGCGUUGCGUUGGCUGUCUUGUUGGAUGUUUUGUGUGGGAGGAGGGGAUAAUUUUUAUGGGUGGUAUUUUUUUGUGUAUAUACCUUUUUAGGAUUCAAUUCAUUCUUGUCCGAGA